UUGCUUCCAGAAAAGCCAGGCACAUUCUUGGGCAAGGCAGCAUCAGUACCAGGCAAACAUGGCUAGCAGGAAGACCAAGAAGAAGGAAGGAGGUGCCAAACGUGCCCAGAGGGCAUCCUCCAAUGUCUUCUCCAUGUUUGAGCAGACACAGAUACAGGAGUUCAAGGAGGCUUUCACAUUGAUUGACCAGAACAGAGAUGGGUUCAUUGAUAAGGAAGACCUGAAGGAUACAUAUGCCUCUCUAGGUAAAAUGAACGUGAAAGACGAUGAACUGGAAGCGAUGCUGAAGGAAGCAACUGGGCCGAUAAACUUCACAAUGUUCCUAAAUCUCUUUGGAGAGAAGCUACAUGGUACGGACCCUGAGGAAACCAUUCUAAACGCAUUCAAGAUGUUUGAUCCUGAUGCUAAGGGACACGUACACAAAGACGAAUUACAGCGUGUUCUUAUGACACAGGCAGACAAGUUUACGGCAGAAGAGGUGAAUCAGAUGUUCCAGUCCUCUCCCAUUGACCAAGCGGGGAACCUUGACUACAAGUCUCUGUGCUACAUCAUCACACAUGGAGAGGAGAAGGAAGAAUGAUGAGGCAACACAGGGCCGCCUGUCAUGUCUGAAAACCACACUGUACAAAAUGUGAAUAAACUACUGGAUCAUC